AAAACUUCUUAUUUCUUAGAAUACAGAGCCAUAUUUUUACACUCCUCAUACUGAGAAUGUGACACUUAUAAAGGUUAAUCCAGAAUGCUCCUCUCAGAUAUUUUCUUCAAGCCUCGAUGGUACUAUACGGCAAACAGAUAUUGAAAAUAAAUCUUUUGUAGAGGCAUUUAAAGAGGACAACAUUCUAUUCAAAUACUUUGACUUUGUGUCUCCCAAUGAAUUUCUCAUUGCUCAAAGUGAUGGCUGUGUAUCUCUAAUAGACAAUCGUGAAAAAAGAUUUCGAUCUGGUUUUAAAAGGGGGUUUCAUUGUGCAGCACAAUGGAAGUGUUCCAGUAAAGCAGUACGAACUGUAAGUUCGCAUCCAACAAAAAAAGAUCUGUGCCUCACCUUAGACUCUGAUGGCUUAAUGAAAGUCUGGGAUAGACGCUUUCAAAAAGAGUCUGUCUCGCAGGCUUCAACUCAUGGAAGUGUACUUUCUGCAUUUCUUUCACCUGUUACUGGAAAUUCAAUCCUUUGUUCAAGUAAAAUCUCACUACGGAUUUACGACAGCUCUCAUCUAGAAAAAAUGCUUAGAUUUAAGCAGAAGUUUGACACUAAUCCUGUAUUAAAUGAUAUCAAGGUUAUACCAAAGAGAACUAAGAAACUAAAAUUGAAAACUUCACCCUAUGUCAGCCAGUCAACUUUUUUCACAAGAGCAGACUGGUUGCCUAGAUCUGAUAGUGCUUUUAUUGUGAGUAAUAACGUACAGAAGAAAACAAUCAUCAUGGAAAGUAACGAUGGAAAGCAAAUCAGUAGUUUAAAUAAUUCAGGAGGAAUACUGGUAUUUCAGGAAGUUCAUCCUGUUCAUAAUAUGCUUGCAGUUUCAUUCAAUGCAUUUAAUUAUAAAUCUAAGAUACAUUUAUAUAUGAAAGAAAUUUGUACAUAAAGCAUUGAAAAUAUUUUAAAACUUGGAUUCAAAUGUUGAAAUUGUCUAAAAAUGUUGUAAUUUAUUUAUUGUUAUUUAUGUUCAGAACAUUACUUCUUGCGACAUUUAAAAAUAAAUAUCACAUACUUUUAUA